AUUGUAAAUUACGUGAAGCUAAGUUGUCGGCUUGGAUUGCAUUGCGUAAAAUUAGCAAACAAAUAGCUGUGCAUAAUGCCGCCCCACAGAAAAUGCGUAUUCAAUGAAGAAAUGCAAAACCAGUACAAGUUCUUAAAAAAAAUACAUGCCAGUGAAGUGCAAUGUUUAAGAUGUUUGGCUGUUUUUUCUAUCGCCAAUGGAGGCAAAUACGAUGUGCUACGCCAUUUGCAAUCUAGGAAGCAUCGGAAUGCUGAUGUUGCAGCUUCAACCAGCAAAACCGUGUUGAACUUUGUGCGGAUGCGUACGAUGGAUGCGCAAGGAAGGAAAACCAGCAUAAAUGAAGGAACCUGGGCGUAUCACACUGUGAAACAUAAUUUUUCUUUCCGUUCGAAUGACUGCACAUCGAAGCUCAUUAAAAAGUGUUUUGAUGAAAAUUAUUCAUCAGCUCACACAAAGUGUGAAGCUAUUGUCUGUAAUGUGUUAGCACCAAAUGCAAUGCAACUAGUCGAAGCAGAUUUGAGUGUCGUAAAUUUUAUUGCUAUAUUUUCCGACUGCUCAAAUCAUGGUAGUAUGAAAGUGUGCCCAGUACUAGUUAGAUACUUUUUACCGGAGAAAGGUGUACAAUUAAAAAUAUUAGAAGUGAAUGAUCUGCGCGGUGAAACGUCAGAUUUACUUAGAAAUUAUAUUUUUGAUCUCAUGACAAAGUUUGCUUUAAGUACGAAACUACUCGCUCUGUGUGCGGAUAAUACUAAUUGUAGCUUCGGGGGAGCCGCAAGACGCGGAAAAAAUAAUCUUUUCCAUAAACUAGCUGAGUCCACCGGGAGUACCCUUAUUGGCGUAAAUUGUGCUGCUCACAUUGUGAAUAAUUGUAUACAAUCAUCGAUAGAGUGUCUUCCUGUGGACAUUGAAGUCAUUGUCGUAAAAAUAUUUUCAUACUUUUACAUAUAUACGGUUAGAGUAGAGCAUUUAAAAGAAAUUUGUGACACUGUUGAUGUCGAAUAUAAAAAAAUGCUGGGGUAUAGUAAAACAAGAUGGCUUACUUUGAAGCCAGCAAUUGAACGAAUUUUGAAACUUUUCAAACCACUAAAAAAAUAUUUUUUAGAACAACCUCACUGCCCAAGCAUUCUAAAAACAUUCUUUGAAAAUUCUACUUCAGAAAUGUGGCUUUUGUUUACACAUUGUCAAGCAUCUCUUUUCCAUAAUUAUAUUACACAAAUUGAAUCGCAGAAUAUUUGUAUGGUAGAAGUUGCUUUACUAAUAAAACAACUGAAAUUAAAAAUCACAGAACGCAGAGAUGGAAUUUUUUUACCACUGAUGCUCAAAAAAAUAAUUUCGGAAUUUGAGAGAGCAGGAACUGAAAACCUGAGUGAAAUUAAAGAUCAAGUCAAAAAAUUUUAUAUUAAUUGCAUAGAUUAUUUAAAUCAGUGGGAUCAUGCAUUUAAAGAGGUUGAAGGGAUGGAAUGGGUACUUUUGCGUACAAUGCCAUCUUGGCAUGAUGUUGAAAGAAAUUGUGUAUAUAUUAUGGAAAAGAGAAGCCAAAUUAAAAUUAACGACAGCGAGUUAUUUGAUGAGUUCACAUGUGUUAAAAAUUAUGCGACUCCAAAUAAGCUAAAGGAAUGGACGAACGGUGGAAGGCUAGUCGACAGUAAAUGGGCUGAAAUAUUUCAACAUUUUAUGAAAAAUUCCAUACCUUUUCAAAAUAUUUUAAAAAUUGUAGAAUUUAAUUUGUGUUUACCAGGUUCAAAUGCCCCCACCGAAAGAGUAUUUUCCAUAUUAAACAAUAUAUCGACUGAUGAAAAAUCGCAAAUGAAAAUUGAGACUGUUAAAUCUAUUUUAAUAACGAGAUGCAACUAUGAACUGAGUUGCUUGGAGUUUAGGGAAUAUUUACAAAAUAAGGAAAAUAUAAUUAAACAAAUUUAUGCCGCAGAAAAAUACCAGUGAUUUGUAUUUGAUGCACAAAUUUUUUUUAUGGCAUUGUUAAUUAAAAUCAAAGCCAAUGAAAUGU